GGGGCGGAGCGGGGCGGGGCCGGGGCUUGAGGUGAUUCCCGAGCCGCAGCGGCAGCUCGGGCGGUGCGAGGAAACCGAAAGUGGGCGGCGGCCGCGGCUGUGGCCCUGGCGGAGACGGCGGCGGGAGCUGGGUCCAGCGGCGCGGGGACCGGCCGUGGGACCCCGGAACGAGGUGAAGAUGUUGGAAGCAGAUCUGGUUUCAAAAAUGCUACGAGCUGUUCUGCAGUCUCAUAAGAAUGGAAUAGCAUUGCCUCGGCUCCAAGGAGAAUACAAGUCCUUGACUGGAGACUGGAUCCCCUUCAAGCAGUUAGGUUACCCUACACUGGAAGCCUAUCUGAGAAGUGUGCCAGCAGUUGUCAGGAUAGAGACCAGUAGAUCUGGUGAGACUACCUGUUACGCUGUGGCCUGCACAGAAACUGCAAGAAUCGCUCAGCUUGUGGCUCGUCAGAGGAGUUCCAAGAGGAAAACUGGACGGCAAGUUAAUUGUCAGAUGAGAGUAAAGAAAACCAUGCCAUUUUUUCUAGAGGGAAAACCAAAAGCAACUCUCAGACAACCAGGAUUUUCUUCAGAUUUCUGUAUCGGCAAAAAGCCUAAUCCAACACUGUCAAGAGACAAAGGAAACUCUCUUGGAGUUAAGUCUGAUGCUGAAAUACCGGUUUAUACAUUGCACACACAUGUUGGAAGUGAAGUAUUCAAAGGCGUUCCAGUGCAAAGGCAUGUGACCAUGCCUACCAACAACAGGUUUAGCCCAAAAGCAUCCCUUCCACCACCUUUUCAGAUGCAUCUCUCAAGAACCUGUACUAAGGAAAUGAGUGAUAAUUUAAAUCAGAUUGUUGAAAAACCAAAUGUCACGCCUCCUGCCUCUUACACUUAUAAAAUGGAUGAGGUUCAAAACCGCAUAAAGGAAAUGCUAAACAAGCAUAACAAUGGCAUUUGGAUGUCUAAGCUUCCACAUUUUUACAAAGAGUUGUAUAAAGAAGAACUCAGUCAAGGAAUUUUACAACAGUGUGAGCACUGGCCUCAUAUUUGCACGGUGGAAAAACCUUACAGUGGUGGUCAAGACUUGCUUCUUUAUCCAGCUAAGAGAAAGCAGCUUUUGAGAAGUGAACUGGACCCUGAAAGAGUGCCUCCAUCUCCACUACCUGCUCCAAAACAAAUACCACCAUUGGAAGGGUGUCCCACAGUUAUGCCAGGUGACUUUAAAGGGAAAGUUGCGGAGCUGUUGGUGAAAUACUCAAAUGGUCUUUGGGCCAGUGCACUUCCAAAAGCAUUUGAGGACAUGUACAAAGUAAAAUUCCCCGAGGAUGCCUUAAAAAAUCUUGCCUCGCUUUCUGAUGUUUGCACCAUAGACUAUAUUUGUGGAAACCCCAAGAAGGCCAUUCUCUAUGCUAACCUUCCAUUGCCCACUGACAAAGUCCUGAAAGAUACAGGGCAAGCACAUGGCGAUUAUGCUGUUAAGUCUACGAUUGAACAAGAAUAUUUGCAGAUAGAAAAGAAUGUUGUCGAAAACACCGAUACCGUUAUGGAGCAUAUAACAGUUCCUCCGUUAGUCAUUCCAACUGAGGCAUCCCCAUCAGUACUGGUGGUUGAACUGAGCAACACAAAUGAAGUGGUUAUCAGGUAUGUGGGUAAAGACUACUCUGCUGCUCAGGAAUUAAUGGAAGAUGAAAUGAAGGAGUAUUACAGCAAGAACCCCAGGAUCACCCCGGUCCAGACUGUGCAUGUGGGGCAGCUGUUGGCUGUCAGCGUCGAGGAGGACGCCUGGUUACGGGCACAGAUCACCUCCACCGAAGGGAACAAGAUGAAGGUAUGCUAUGUUGACUACGGAUUUAGUGAAAAUGUUGAAAAGAGCAAAGCAUACAAAUUGAACCCGAAGUUCUGUUCACUCCCAUUCCAAGCUACAAAGUGUAAGCUGGCAGGGUUGGAAGCUCUCAGUGAUGAUCCUGGUUUAGUGAAGGUGGUUGAAUCUUUAACUUGUGGGAAGAUCUUUGCAGUGGAAAUUCUUGAAAAGGCUGAUAUUCCACUUGUUGUUCUGUACGAUACCUCAGGAGAAGAUGACAUCAAUGUCAAUGCCACCUGCUUAAAGGCCAUGUGUGACAAGUCACUCGAGGUUCACCUUCAGGUUGAUGCCAUGUACACAAAUGUCAGAGUGACUAAUAUUUGCUCUGAUGGAACACUGUACUGUCAGGUGCCUUGUAAGGGACUGAACAAGCUCAACGACCUCCUGCAUAAAAUAGAGGACUACUUCCAUUGUAAGCACAUGACCUCAGAGUACUUCGUUUCCUUACCCUUCUGUGGGAAAAUCUGCCUCUUCCAUUGCAAAGGAAAAUGGUUACGUGUAGAGAUCAUGAACGUGCACAGCAGCCGGACUCUUGAUGUUCAGUUCCUGGACUCUGGCACCGUGACAUCCGUGAAAGUAUCUGAGCUCAGGGAAAUUCCCUCUCGGUUUCUGCAAGAAGUGAUUGCAGUACCAUCUCAGGCCAUCAAGUGCUGUUUAGCAGAUAUACCACAAUCUAUUGGCAUGUGGACUCCAGAUGCUGUGCUUUGGUUAAGAGAUUCUGUUUUGAAUUGCUCGGACUGUAGCAUUAAGGUUACAAAAGUGGAUGAAACCAGAGGGAUAGCACAUGUUUAUUUAUUUACUCCUAAGAACUUCCCUGACCCUCACCGCAGCAUCAAUCGUCAGAUUACAAACGCAGACUUGUGGAAGCAUCAGAAGGAUGUGUUUCUGAGCGCCAUUGCCGGUGGAGCUAGCUCUCCCAGCAGCAACAGCGGCCACACCCCCACUGUGAGCAGCCCCGGAGAGAAUGCCAGGAAGGGCCUCAUGGAGGUCACCAAAAAGGCCAUGGUGGAUCACACCUGCUCGUUCUCCAUGGAGGAACUGCCACCUCCUGUCCACUUGUCAAAGCCAGGGGAGCACAUGGAUGUGUACGUGCCUGUGGCCUGCCACCCAGGCUACUUUGUCAUCCAGCCAUGGCAAGAGAUACACAAAUUGGAAGUUCUGAUGGAAGAAAUGAUUCUGUAUUACAGCGUGUCUGAGGAGCGCCACGUAGCAGUGGAAAAAGACCAAGUGUACGCCGCGAAAGUGGAAAAUAAGUGGCACAGGGUGCUUUUAAAGGGAAUUCUGACCAAUGGACUGGCAUCCGUGUAUGAGCUGGACUAUGGCAAGCACGAAUUAGUCAACGUAAGAAAAGUACAGCCCCUAGUGGACAUGUUCCGAAAGCUGCCAUUCCAAGCAGUCACAGCUCAACUAGCAGGAGUGAAGUGCACCCAGUGGUCUGAGGAGGCGUCCAUGGUGUUUCGAAAUCACGUGGAGAAGAAACCUCUGGUGGCAUUGGUGCAGACAGUGAUAGAGAAUGCUAACCCUUGGGACCAGAAAGUAGUGGUCUAUUUAGUGGACACAUCCCUGCCAGACACAGAUAUCUGGAUUCACGAUUUUAUGUCAGAAUAUCUGGUAGAGUUUUCGAAAGUUCAUUAAUCAGUGCUCUGAGACCUUGACAACUAAUUCAGAUUUCUAGCAAUAAAAAAAUGUAGUAGGCUUAAAAAAAUAUAUUAUCUCUGCUACCUGGCUCUGACUGCUGUGGGGAUUGAAAAGAAUAUGUUAUGUUUGAAGAAAACUAUUUAAUAAGUUGUGUUUAACAGAGUUGACUUUUCAAAGAAAAUUGCACUUGAAUUAUUACUAUACUAUUAGAUUAAAAUGUUUAUCAGUAUACAAA